CAUCAAAUUGUCUUGUCAAAACAGGAGCUUGGAGGGUUAGUGUCUUCAAUACUGCAAAAAAGAAUCAAAUAACAUAUGGUGUCAAUGAGUUGGCAAAAAUUAAGUAAACUAUAUGAUUUACCAUUUAUUGCAGUUGUAAAACAAUAUGGUCUUAAUGGUCAGAAUUAAGUUGUGUUAUGAAUUCCUGUUCUUGCUGAAUGUUAUGUCAAAGUAGAAACAUCAAACACCAAAACAUGUUCACUUUUAAGUGCUAGAAUUAGAGUUAAUUUCAAGUUAUGUUAGUAGUGUACUAUCUUGGAACAAAGCCCAAAUGAACAGAAAGUGAUUGUUAACAAUAAAAGUUCUUUUAAUUAGUUUGUUGGUAACCAAAGUUGUUUGGAAGCAUUCAUUUCUCGUUUUGAUGACUACAUAUUCUCAAUGCUGGUUAGGAGAAUUUGAUGGAUCAUCAGUUCAGUUUCCUUAAUUGCCUUUACUGAUCAGUAUGUUUGUUUCAACUACUAUAAAAAAAAUGGCUGUGCAUCAAGGAGAAAUUAGGACUUGAUCAUUUCAAGGCACUUGAACAAUUUGGUAUCCUGUUUGUUCAGAACUGCUUAUUACUGAACAAAAAUAAUCAUACUCAGUUUAUACAGCUCUCCUUUUCUUUUAUUUACUCAUGUCUUGGUAAUAAAACUGACAGAAUUGGGAGAAUUUUAAAGUUCAUAAUGGAAACUGAAGCUGCUGUGGAGGUAAAAGAAUGUACUUUUGAAUUCUCCUAAAGCUAUUGGAUCAGGCUGUGUGUACAAGAAGCAUUCUUGAAAAGAAAGCAACCAAGUUAUACCCAAACUAUUGUUUAAACGGUCAGAGGCAAAUCAAAACAAUAAACAAUGCAAUACUCCCUAUUUCAUUAGUGCCCUUCCUGUUGUAAUUAAGGUUACAAAAGUGCCUUUGUAAGGUUACAAAAGUGCCCCAAGGAAUGUUACGAAAGUGCCUUAUAAUGUUACCAAAGUGCCCUAUGUUACAAUAGUGCCCUGUUUGAGGUUACCAAAGUGCCCUAUGUUACAAUAGUGCCCUUUUUGAGGUUACCAAAGUGCCCUAAAAUGUUACAAAAGUGCCCUUGCGUUUAGCUCUCUCUCUCUCUCUCUCUCUCUCUCUCUCUCUCUCUCUCUCUCUCUCUCUCUCUCUCUCUCUCUCUCUCUCUCUCUCUCUCUCUCUCUCUUUUAAAUCCUUAUUUAAUUUUUGAAAUAGCAAUUAUAGUUGUUUUAUUCAUUUAUUUACUUUUUUUUCAGAAUGCAUUCUACCUGGUUCCGUGUUUUGGGGAUUAUGGUCGCGAAGAGACAACACACUCAACUACUACAGAGCUUUUAUCACAAGAAUUACAGCAAGUCACAUCAAUUUCCACUUACAAUUAAAUAAUGCUCAGUGGCGCAGUUACAAGCGGACUGAACCAGUGCUCGUUAUAGAUAAAAUCCCAGAAAUGAAGGAAAUCUCUGUCAAUUCAUCAGUUAUUGCUGUUCACAGACCUAGUUUUCAAGAAUGGUAUCGCGCUGGUAAUGUGGCUGGUAGCAAUGAGCGUUUAUCCCUGGUACACGUAAGGUUCAAAAACGGGGACCAGAGAUUGGUUCCGCUCAACCAACUCCGGUCGGUGAAAAGGCCUAAAUUUUGUGUGGAUAGAGUUUGAGACAAUAUAAAAAUAUAAAACCAAUAACGUAAAAUGAUGUUCUCAUAUAAGAGAGAGUAUAGUUGCCACAGAUUAACAAUGAGUAUAAAUCAUUUGAAAACUGGGCUAAAUAAAAUUUAUUUUUUUUCCGCGAUGUCAAAGCUCAUAGCUCAUAGCAUGUUUUUCAAAUAGAAUUAAGCCG